UAGCGCUCCCUCUGACUCUGGACGGUUUGGUGCGUCUCCGGCUGCUUUUGCUGGAAUAUUCCGGGAAGCGUUUUAACUUGGACUCGAUGGGACUGAAUGAUUGGCAGGAAAGUGUUUACCUCUUAGUCCCAGAGAGGUCAGAGAUGAUUGAUUUGGCUUUUUUUUGACUUUUGAGACUUUUACUCAGCUGGAUCACCUCAGCAGUUGGGAACAUGGAACCGGAGCUGCAACAUUUCGCCAGCUGAAGACUUUUCUGGACCUUAUGAGAAGUUGGACUUUUUGUCUUCUUAUUUUAAAACAACAACGACAUAAUAACAAGAACAUUGAGGACUCUCUGCUGGAUCUGCUGUCAUGGUGUUUUAGAGUAAACUUAUGUCUCUUUGUGCGCCAAAUGGCAGAUAACCCAGAAAAAGAAAACAUUUUCUGUUUGAAUCAGACUGGAACUGAAAUUCUAAUUUAAUCUGAGACGGAUUUUACCACAGGAAUCUCUUCUUAGUGAGUCAAAUGGCAGAAGAAUAUGAGCAGUCCGGUGCGUCAGAAUUCAUUAAAGACCGACUGUACUUCGCCACAGUACGAGUCAAACCCAAGAACACAGCCAGCACACAUUAUUUCAGCACAGAUGAGGAGUUCUUAUAUGAGAGUUUCUAUGCCGACUUUGGGCCCCUCAACCUGGCCAUGCUGUACAGAUACUGCUGCAAACUCAACAAGAAGCUCAAGUCCUUCACCAUGUCUAGAAAAAAGCUGGUCCACUACACCAGCUAUGACCAGAAGAAGAGAGCCAACGCUGCCGUUCUCAUCGGUGCCUAUGCUAUAAUUUAUUUGAAAAGGAGUCCAGAAGAAGCCUACAGGACUCUGAUCUCAGGAAACAACGCAGUCUACCUACCGUUCAGGGAUGCUGCCGUGGGGGAGUGCUGCUUUAACCUCACCGUUCUCGACUGCUUACAAGGGAUACGCAAGGCAUUACAGCAUGGUUUCCUGGACUUUGAAAGUUUCAGCGCUGAGGAUUAUGAACAUUAUGAGCGAGUAGAAAAUGGAGACAUGAACUGGAUAAUUCCUGGGAAAAUUCUGGCCUUCAGCAGCCCUCACCCUCGCAGUAAAGUGGAGAACGGUUAUCCUCUGCAUGCACCUGAGGCCUACUUUGCGUACUUCCGUCAAAACGAAGUGAGAGCUGUGGUCCGUCUGAACCGGAAGUUGUACGAAGGCAGACGGUUUGAAGAUGCAGGAUUCGAUCACCAUGAUCUCUUCUUCCUGGACGGGACGACGCCCUCUGACCUCAUUGUCAGGCGCUUCCUCCAUGUGUGCGAGAGUACAGAAGGAGCUGUGGCGGUGCACUGUAAAGCUGGCCUGGGUCGUACAGGCACUCUGAUUGGCUGCUACCUGAUGAAACACUUUCGCUUCACUGCAGCAGAGGCCAUAGCUUGGAUCAGAAUCUGCCGACCUGGAUCUGUCAUCGGUCCCCAGCAGAACUUCUUAGAAGAGAAACAGCAUAGUUUGUGGGUGCAGGGAGACGUCCAUCGCUCCAAACAGAAGCUGGUCCAGCAGAGACUCAGUCGGCGGCAGCAGCUUCAGCAGCAGCAGCAUCAACAACAACAACAGCUUCACGACUCCGACUCUGUGGACGGAGGCAAACAGGAGUCGAUGUCCUGCCUGCUGUCCAGCAUGGACGACCUGUCCAUCAACACCACCCUCCACAAGUCAUACAGCCUGGAUGAGAACAACUGCAAGGAAACCAGUCUAACUCAGGGAGACAAACUGAGAGCGAUGAAGGGAAACCGGCCACCAAGAUCAGUCUCAUCCUCCUCCAGGCUAAACUUGUCCAAGGCCUCACACUGCUCCAUCCUUCCUCCGCCCAAGUCCUCUAAAGUCCCCCUGUCCCUCUCCUCAUCUUCAUCUUCUAAAAAGCUGGUACGAAGCUCGUCCUCCUCGGCCACACAGAUUAAGAGCCCCUUCAGCCUCAGUCUCUUCAGCAUUCACUGAACUCCAGCUUUUGCAUGAAGUCGACUCAGACAACGAUGAGGUCAAAACGUGGAUUUGCUCUGAGACUGACCAGGCCUUAAAUAUUUGACCAACCCUGGUAAACCUUUGAAGUAUUUAUCAAAGUUUAACAGAAACAGCAGUUUUGUCGAGUCAAUUCAAAGUUUUGGAAACACUUAAAGGGAUCACUGGUCACUGAUCACAUAAUGAGCAGUGUGAUCAGUGAUCAGUGACCUCAACCAACAAUAUGACAAACCGUAAUUCAUCUGCACGUCUCCAGUAAAUGACAGGCAGAUUAUACAGGUACAAGUGUACUGCAGGAUCAAGCUCACAGAACACGCCACCCUAAUACUUUCUCAGUGUGCUUAUACCAACUUUCUGCAAUCGUUUCUGUAAGUGUUGUUGAAUAUUGUUAUAAAGGCCAAGGUUACGUUCCAUGCAAAUAAAGUCGGUGCCCGGGAGCCUGCCAAUGACUAAUGCUAACGCCACCCAGCUUGCAUCACGCCUGAUCCCAGUGGGUGUGAGCUGACCACCCACUGGAAUCAGGUGUGGCUCCGAGUUGCAUUUUAGGCUGUAAGACUUUCCCACCAGAUGCUUGCAAGCUCCAGGAGGAGGCCCUGACCUCCCUAUUUCAGGUGUUGGAGCUCCGUCUCAUAGGGGUUCUUUGAAUCAGUCUUUGUCUGGCCCCUCCCUGAGGGCCGAUUUGCUUUAGGAGAACUUACCAGAGCCUACAACAUGGCUCCUAUCACAGGGACACACAAUCCCCUUCAAUGGUGCAUGUGGCCUUGGUGCAUGCCACCAUGGUUAUAAAGUCUGGUUUAGAUCCACAAAAGAGCUACUGUUGUAACCUGCCACAGAGUUCUGACUGGACCAUUCAGACUGCCCAUUCUAACCACUGUCCACGAGUGAAAACUUUGAAAAUACAGGGGGCGGCAUAGCUCAGUGGGUAGAGUGGCCGUCUUGCAACCGGAGGGCUGCGGUUCGAUCCCCCGGCCCGUCGUGCUCAUGUCGAGGUGUCCCUGAGCAAGACACCUAACCCCUAAUUGCUCCUGGGGCACUGUACCAUGGCUGACCCUGCACUCUGACCCCCAGGUGAGGGGAUAUGCCCAUCUGGGGGGAUAUUAAUAAGGGAUAUAAAAUUUUUAAAAAAAAGUGUUGGGACUGUACUCUGACACAUGGCAAAGGGUCACUUAGUAACUUGUUCCAAGGACUUGCACACUGCACAUCGUUUACCUGGAGAAGUGAUGGCAGCAGGGUGACUGUAUUGUGCAAUGGUAGUUACCGCGUGUCAUCAGGACAAUGACUCCUUACACACUCAACAUGGUGUUUGAGAGGUUGACUUUUUUAAUGUACUGACUUGACCCCACAUCUCAGUCUCAGUAACUGAGCUCAGUCUGACUGGGAUGUGCUGCAGUGGUGUGUACUGUAAUUCAGUCCUUUUCAUUAUAGGUUUGAAUAUAUCAACAUAAAGUAUAUGGACUUCAUAUGGAGCCAUGUGACUCCUAACAGCAAAUACACUUUAUUAUUAGAACAUUAGCAUACUAAUGUUUUAGGGGAGGUAAUGUAACUCAGUAUAACUAUAGUAUAUGUUCAUUUUGAAAACAACCGUAACAAAGAAAGAACGGUUGUCUUUUAACAAUCAAUACAUGACUGUAACUAAACUCAUUAAACAAGGCACAGACACUUUAUAUCACAAUAUUUCUAAUUAAACAUUUUGGGGACAUUUUUGUUUGCCAGCAAUCAUUUUGGCAUCCAACAAGUUGUUUGAUUAAAGUCAUUCAUAAAGGGAGUUUCUUCUGUUUGUGUUUAGCUGUGUUCUUCUCUGUUCUGGGAACACGUAUAUGGUAUCUGCUUUAUUGUUUUUGUUUCUUGUGACAUACAUGCUAAUCAUGCCAUGCAAAUGAUGCUGAGAUUUGAAAUUGUGCUGUUAUUGUUACACUAAACUCUAUGAACGUUGUUUAUAGGUGUUCAUCGCUGGUGAAAGUGAUGUGACAUUGACUGGUGACAGUCAGUUUGCUAAGAUGGUUGUUGCCACAGAGAUUGUUUUUGAAAUGACGAAUAAAAGGCUAAGGAAUUUUGA